GAGAAGCCAGAGGAUGAGCUAAUCUCCGCAGGGUCUCUGUCUCCUGCGCUCACCACAGGUGCUUUGGGUGGAUCCGGGAGUUCCCUUCCCAGUGCACACCCCGAAAGCAUCCCUUAGACUUCGGUUCAGCAGCAGCCGGGCUCUGCAGGCUGACGACCCGGGCAGCAGCAGGAGGUAGUUUGUGUACGGUUACCAUGGAAACGCUGGCAGGCCGGGUUGAGCUGGAGCGCCCGAGGACCGGCGGGCUAGGAUGCGUAUCUGAAGAACAUUUUGUUUUAAAAGGAAAGAUGCUGUCUUCAAAUGAUCAAAAGUUAGAAAAACUAGAUCCCUUUCAUCGACCUUCAGUGUCCAAACAGAAGACCAGUGCAGAAAUCAUAAGUGAAGCACGGAAUGCAUUGAGGACAGUUAGAACCCAAAGACCCUUUACACCUCGGGAAGACCAAAGGAAACUCUUUGGACCUACCUCAUCAAGAACCCCAGAAAACAGGCCUCCUUCCUCUUUCAGCCUCUACGCGUCCAGUUUUGAGUUAGCCGACUCCAGGCCUAUUUCUGGUGCUCGUCUCAGUCCACUAGAGCUGAAACCCAAAGCUCCAGCAUCUCCCACCACAGAGGAUACCUGCCUCUCCUUUCCUAAACCCCCACUGGACCCUGUGAAGAUUAGAAAAAUAAGCAGUGCUCGUGCACGCUUAUUCAGGGCUGCCUCCCAAGGGAGUCUCCUGCAGGACAGAUCGCUUCCUUCUGCUCAGUCAAAGAUGUUGGAGGAAUCCAAAGAAACCAUGAUAGUGGGGAACUCUACGAUGAAGAUAAAUGGGAUUUAUUUAACAGCAUCAAAUACCACUGGCCACUUAAAGAAUCAUCCUCCCCAACUUACUUAUGAUGGAGACUUCAGAGAAACAAAAGAGCAAGAAAUGUCCAAAGAAACAGCAUCCCCACCGUCUCAUCUCAGAAGUGGAGGGGACCGCGGGAAGCGAUGUGCCAGGGCCUCCUCUUGCCCUAGCAGUACGGACCUGAGCAGGCUAGAAAGCAAGGCAGUUUCCGAGGCCAACUUGCAAGAAAAUGAUACAAAAAUAGAAGUAGAUGAAGUCUUUUGGAAAACAAGGAUUGUACCAAUUUUGCAUGAAUUAGAAAAGGAAGAAAACAUUGAAACAAUGUGUGCUGCUUGCACACAACUCCAUCAUGCUUUACAGGAAGGAAGCAUGCUUGGAAAUAAGUUUAAGAGAAGAAGUGUUCUCCUGAAGACCCUCUAUAAACUAGUGGAUGUUGGCUCAGACUCGCUGAGCCUUAAACUUGCAAAAAUUAUCCUAGCGCUUAAAGUAAGUAGAAAGAAUCUUUUGAAUGUCUGCAAACUGAUAUUUAAAAUCAGCAGGAGUGAGAAGAAUGACUCUCUGAUUCAGAAGGACAACAUCCUGGAAUCAUUGUUGGAGGUGCUAAGAAGUGAAGACCUGCAAACGAACACUGAAGCUUUUCUCUACUGUAUGGGGGCUCUGAAAUUCAUUUCCGGAAGUCCAGAAUUUCUUAAUGAAAUGAUCAGCAAUGGUGCUGUGGAAAUACUGACAGACUUGAUAAAGCAGAUGAAUGAGAAUGCUGAGAAAUAUGGGGCACGCUUGACCAAUUCAGAUCACUUGUUAGUCCAGACAACUGCUAUACUGAGGAACUUGGCUGAUUCACCCGUAGCAAGAAAUAAACUCCUGAACAUCGAUGCCCUUCCCCAGCUCUGCAUAGUGAUAGGACAGAACAUGGAUGACAAAGAUGUCUGCACCAACAUUGCCAGAAUAUUCAGCAAACUAACCUCUUACCGUGACUGCUGUGCGGCCUUGGCCAGCUAUUCCAGAUGUUAUGCCUUGUUUUUGAAACUACUUAACAAAUACCAGAAGAAACAGGAUUUAGUCAUUCGUAUUGUUUUUAUUCUUGGCAACCUGACAGCAAGAAACAACCAGGCUCGGGAACAUUUCUCCAGAGAGAGAGGGAGCAUUGAAACCUUGCUGACACUCUUCCAGGUGUUCCGCCAGCUUGAUGCGCACUCCCCAAGGCCAGGGCUCUCAGGAACCAGGCAGCCCACCACUCCAAGACCAUCUGAGGCUGAGGAUGUGCUGGUCAAACUGACCCGUGUCCUGGCCAACGUAGCCAUUCACCCUCACAUAGGCCCAGUGCUGGCUUCCAACCCGCAAGUGGUAGACCUGUUGCUGAGCACACUGGAAUCCAAGUCACUGAGCGACUGUGAGGAGCUGGUGAUCAAUACCACAGCAGCCAUCAACAAUUUGUCUUUCUACCAAGUGAAGAACUCUGUCAUCCAGCACAAAAAGCUGCAUGUUGCUGAAUUGCUCUUAAAGCUUCUUGUCAGUAAAAACAUGGAUGGGAUCCUGGAGGCUGUUCGUGUCUUUGGAAAUCUCUCCCAGGACCAUGAUGUCUGCAAUUUCCUUGUGCAGAACAAUGUACACAAGUUCAUGAUGACGCUGCUGGAAGCUAAGCAUCAGGACAUUUGCUUUUCUGCUUGUGGAGUUCUCCUAAAUCUCACUGUGGAUGAAGACAAGCAUGCCAUCCUGAAAGAAGGUGGUGGCAUUAAAAAAUUAGUGGAUUGCUUAAGAGAUUUUGGUCCUAGUGAUUGGCAGCUGGCCUGCUUGGUUUGCAAGACCUUAUGGAACUUCAGUAAAAAUAUCACAAAUGCUUCACCAUGUUUUGGAGACGAAGACACCAACACACUUCUAGUUCUGUUGUCAUCAUUUUUAGAUGAAGAACUAGCCCUGGAUGGUUUUGACCAAGACCUAAAAAACUAUCACAGACUCCACUGGGAAACGGAAUUCAAACCUGUGGCACAGCAGCUUCUAAAGCGAAUCCAGAGUCACAACACGUUCCUGGAGCCCCUGCCCAUUCCUUCCUUCUGACAUGAUGCAGGUUAACAGAAAAAAGAAGUUAGGUCUCCCUCAUUCUUAAGAGGUGAUAACAAGCAUGAAAGUUUUCUCAGUAUUA